GCUGGUUUUUCAGAAGAGUUGAUUACUGCGAAUGGGUGGCUAACUCGGUGUUGGUAAAAAAGUCAAAUGGUAAAUGACAAAUGUGCAUCGACUACACAAAUCUCAACCAAGUUUGUCCCAAGGAUUGCUAUCCGAUGCCAAGCAUUGACAAAUUGGUUGAAGUGACUUCUAGAAAUGAGAGAUUAAGUCUCUUGGAUGCAUAUUCUGGUUACCACAAGGUGCCAAUGGCUCCAGAAAAUGAAGAGAAAACCUCGUUCUAUGCAAGUGAUGAAAUUUACUACUAUAUCAUGAUGCCUUUUGGCUUAAAGAACGCAGGUGCCACUUACCAGAAAAUGGUGACCAUCGUCUUCCGAUCUCAGAUCGGUAGGAAUCUAGAAGUUUAUGUCGAUGACAUUGUGGUAAAGAGCCUGAAAGCAGAAAACCAUCUAGCUAAUCUCGAUGAAACAUUCAACAACCUCAAAAAGAAUAGAAUGCGGUUAAACCCAACCAAAUGCAUCUUCGAUGUGGAGUCUAGGAAAUUUCUGGGUUUCAUGGUUUCCCGGAGAGGGAUUGAGAUCAUGAGGUCAGCAGCCCAGAAAGACGGAUCUGGCAAACAGAAGAAGUUUAAAUGGAACCAAGAAUGCCAAGCUACAUUCGAUGAGUUAAAGUCUUAUCUUAGCUCACCACCCCUACUGACUAAAGCUAUGGAUGGAGAAAUUCUCUAUUUGUACCUCGAUAUUUCAAACGAAGCAAUUAGUUCAGUUUUGGUGAGAGAAGAAGGCAAACAACAGAAACCAAUUUAUUAUAUCAAUAACGUGCUGCACAUAGCAGAACUGAGGUACCCUAUUGCUGAGAAAGCAAUACUAGCAGUUGUCACUUCGGCCAGAAAGCUGAGGCCAUACUUCCAGUUACAUCUAGUCAUCCAGAGGUCUGCAAUUCGAGCUCAAGCACUGGUAGACUUUAUUGUAGAAUGCACCCCAUGUCAUCUAAACUCUAACCCUGAGUUAAGCAAUUGGAUCUUAUAUGUUGAUGGAGCAUCAAACAGCAAGGGCUCAGGAGCUGGUGCUUUCCUGGUGGGUGCAGAUGGAUAUCGAACAUUGGAGCUGCAAGUCGUGGCCAUAAGAGUCUACAGUGACUUCCAAUUUGUGGUCAAUCAAGUCAACUCAAUUUGCGAGGUUAUUGAUCUUGUCAUGGCGAAAUCAGUUUUUGUGGAAAUUUUAGAUGAACCAAGCUUCAUGAAGCCAAGAAUGAUGGAGAUCAGCACAGACCCGAAAACACCGAGCUGGAUAGAUCCAAUUAUCUCCUUUUUACAAGACAGGAUAGUGCUUGAAGACAAGCAAGAGGCAAUGAGCUACAUUGGUGCUAGAACCCUGGCUCACAAAGUCCUCAAGCAUGGAUAUUACUGGCCAAAUAUGUAUAAAGAUGCUACUCACUUUGUUCAGAGAUGCCCGAAGUGCCAAUUCUCCGCACAUUUAACUCACCAACCAACAGAAGGGCUCACCAACUUGGUAGCAUCGUGGCCAUUUGCUCAGUGGGGACUUGAUCUUUUGGGCCCAUUCAUGAAAGGGGUUGGAGGUGUAACCCAUCUGAUUGUUGGAGUUGAUUAUUUUACGAAAUGGGUUGAAGUUUGGCCAUUAUCUAGUCUUACUUCCACAAAGGUCGAAGACUUUGUUUUUGGCUCAAUUAUCUGCAGAUAUGGGAUCCCGAACCAGAUUGUGGCCGACAAUGGUGAAACACCCUACCACCUAACCUUUGGUACCGAAUCAGUCAUUUCUAUUGAAAUAGGACUCUCAAGUUUCAGGGUAACCCAUUUCGAUGAAGGACGAAAUGGACAACUGUUUCGGGAGAACCUUGAUCUGCUUGCCAAAGUCAGAGAAGAAGCACGACUUCGAACUCUUGUAUACAAGCAGAAAUUAGCCAACUUCUACAACAAACGAGUUCGCCCUCGAACAUUCAAAGUAGGAAACCUUGUUCUCGGAAAGGCUUGCCUAUCAGGGUUUGAAACUCAUUUUGGCAAACUGGCCCCAAUCUGGGAAGGCCCUUAUACGGUGGCCGAAGUGCCACAUCCUGGUGCCUAUAUCCUCCAAGACGUUGAAGGAAAGAGAGUUCUUAGAGUCUGGAAUAUCAAUAACUUGAAGAAAUUUUACCCUUAAUAAAUUUCUUUCAAGUAAUCUAUGUCUUAUUCUCCUUUAUACUUAUUACUUCUUCAUUGUUGAAAUUCAUUUCAUCUCUUAUUCUGUAUAUCCGAGGUCAAUUUGUUUAGAAUUUAUUCCAUGGACUUCACUUUUAUUAAUGAAUGUCACUUCACAUA